CUGAAUGGUCUUGCUUCUCUUUCUGACUUGCCUGGUUUUCUCCUGCCUGACCAUUUCCUGGUUAAAAAUCUGGGGGAAGAUGACAGACUCGAAGCCGCUCACCAACAGUAAGGUGGACGCAAGCCUCCUUUCGAGUAAGGAGGAGUCCUUUUCAGCCUCGGACCAGUCAGAGGAGCAUGGCAACUGCAGCUGUCCGUUGACAACUCCUGACCAGGAGGAGCUGGCCUCCCACAGAGGUCCUGGAGAUGCCAGUCAGCAGAGGGACUCUGUGCCAAGCUCACACCAGAAGCCUCCGAGGAACCCACUAUCUUCCAAUGACACCUGUUCCUCCCCAGAACUCCAAACCAACGGGGUAGCAGCCCCUGGCUCAGAGGUUCCAGAAGCCAACGGGUUGCCUUUCCCGGGCAGGCCUCAGACCCAGAGAACGGGAUCCCCCACUAGGGAGGACAAGAAGCAGGCACACAUCAAGAGGCAGCUGAUGACCAGCUUUAUCCUGGGCUCCCUCGAUGACAACUCCUCUGAUGAGGACCCUAGUGCUAGCUCCUUCCAGACCUCCUCUCGGAAGGGCAGCAGGGCUAGCCUGGGCACCCUGUCCCAGGAGGCUGCAUUGAACACAGCUGAUCCUGAGUCUCACACACCUACUAUGAGGCCCAGCAUGUCUGGACUCCAUCUGGUGAAGAGAGGCCGUGAACAUAAGAAACUGGACCUGCACAGAGAUUUCACUGUAGCUUCCCCAGCCGAAUUUGUCACCCGCUUUGGAGGCAACAGGGUCAUCGAGAAGGUGCUCAUCGCCAACAAUGGCAUCGCUGCGGUCAAGUGUAUGCGCUCCAUCCGCCGCUGGGCCUAUGAGAUGUUCCGUAAUGAACGCGCCAUCCGGUUUGUGGUCAUGGUGACGCCGGAGGAUCUUAAGGCCAAUGCAGAGUACAUCAAGAUGGCGGACCAAUACGUUCCCGUCCCAGGAGGACCCAAUAACAACAACUACGCCAACGUUGAGCUGAUCAUAGACAUUGCCAAGAGAAUCCCUGUGCAGGCCGUGUGGGCUGGCUGGGGCCACGCUUCGGAAAACCCCAAACUUCCAGAGCUACUGUGCAAGCACGAGAUUGCUUUCCUAGGUCCCCCGAGUGAGGCCAUGUGGGCCCUGGGAGACAAGAUCGCCUCCACCAUUGUAGCCCAGACAUUGCAGAUCCCAACUCUACCCUGGAGCGGAAGCGGUCUCAUAGUGGAGUGGACAGAGGACAGCCAGCAUCAGGGCAAAUGCAUCAGCGUCCCAGAAGACAUUUAUGAGCAAGGCUGUGUGAGAGAUGUGGACGAAGGCUUGCAGGCAGCAGAAAAAGUAGGAUUUCCUCUGAUGAUCAAAGCCUCCGAAGGUGGAGGAGGGAAAGGAAUCCGCAGGGCUGAGAGCGCAGAGGACUUCCCGAUGCUUUUCAGACAGGUGCAGAGUGAGAUCCCGGGCUCGCCCAUCUUUCUCAUGAAGCUGGCCCAGAAUGCUCGGCACCUGGAGGUCCAGGUCUUGGCAGAUCAGUACGGGAACGCCGUAUCCCUGUUCGGACGAGACUGCUCCAUCCAGAGGCGGCACCAGAAGAUCAUAGAGGAGGCUCCGGCCACCAUCGCCGCUCCGGCUGUGUUUGAGUUCAUGGAACAGUGUGCCGUCCUCCUGGCCAAGACCGUGGGUUAUGUGAGCGCGGGAACUGUGGAGUACCUAUACAGCCAGGAUGGCAGCUUUCACUUCUUGGAGCUGAACCCACGCCUGCAGGUGGAGCAUCCCUGCACUGAAAUGAUCGCAGAUGUCAACCUGCCCGCUGCACAGUUACAGAUCGCCAUGGGUGUGCCCCUGCACCGGCUGAAGGACAUACGGCUUCUGUACGGAGAGUCCCCGUGGGGAGUGACCCCCAUUUCUUUUGAGACCCCUUUGAGCCCUCCCAUUGCCCGAGGCCAUGUCAUUGCGGCCAGGAUCACCAGCGAAAACCCAGACGAGGGCUUUAAGCCAAGCUCAGGGACAGUGCAGGAGCUGAACUUCCGCAGCAACAAGAACGUGUGGGGUUACUUCAGCGUGGCCGCUGCCGGGGGCUUGCACGAGUUUGCCGAUUCCCAGUUUGGGCACUGCUUCUCCUGGGGCGAGAGUGAAGAGGCUAUUUCGAACAUGGUGGUGGCUUUGAAAGAACUGUCUAUCCGGGGUGACUUCCGGACCACCGUGGAAUAUCUCGUCAACCUUCUGGAGACGGAGAGCUUCCAGAACAACGAUAUCGACACGGGGUGGCUGGACCACCUCAUCGCUCAGCGGGUGCAGGCAGAGAAGCCGGACAUCAUGCUCGGGGUGGUGUGUGGGGCCUUGAACGUGGCAGACGCGAUGUUCAGAACCUGUAUGACGGAAUUCCUGCAUUCCCUGGAAAGGGGUCAGGUCCUCCCGGCUGAUUCUCUGCUGAACAUUGUGGACGUUGAGUUGAUUUACGGAGGCAUCAAAUAUGUUCUCAAGGUGGCCCGGCAGUCCCUGACCAUGUUUGUCCUCAUCAUGAAUGGUUGCCACAUCGAGAUCGAUGCCCACCGGCUGAACGAUGGGGGCCUGCUCCUGUCCUACAAUGGUAGCAGUUACACUACGUACAUGAAGGAAGAGGUGGACAGUUACCGGAUCACUAUCGGCAAUAAGACAUGCGUGUUUGAAAAGGAAAACGACCCCACCGUCCUGAGAUCCCCCUCGGCUGGGAAGUUGAUGCAGUACACGGUGGAGGACGGCCAGCACGUGGAAGUCGGGAGCAGCUAUGCUGAGAUGGAGGUGAUGAAGAUGAUCAUGACCCUGAACGUGCAAGAGAGCGGCCGGGUGAAGUACAUCAAGCGGCCGGGGGCUGUACUGGAGGCUGGCUGCGUGGUGGCGAGGCUAGAACUCGAUGACCCUUCAAAAGUGCACACGGCACAGCCGUUCACAGGGGAGCUCCCGGCCCAGCAGACUCUGCCCAUCCUCGGGGAGAGGCUGCAUCAGGUGUUCCACAGCGUCUUGGAAAAUCUGACCAAUGUCAUGAGUGGCUACUGCCUGCCCGAGCCCUUCUUCAGCAUGAAGCUGAAGGACUGGGUCGAGAAGCUCAUGAUGACUCUCCGGCAUCCCUCCCUACCUCUGCUGGAGCUGCAGGAGAUCAUGACCAGCGUGGCAGGCCGCAUCCCGGUCCCGGUGGAGAAGGCAGUCCGCAGGGUGAUGGCGCAGUACGCCAGCAACAUCACUUCGGUGCUCUGCCAGUUCCCCAGCCAGCAGAUAGCCACCAUCCUGGACUGCCACGCCGCCACCCUGCAGCGUAAGGUGGACCGAGAGGCCUUCUUCAUGAACACACAGAGCAUCGUGCAGCUGAUCCAGAGAUACCGCAGCGGGACCCGUGGCUACAUGAAGGCUGUGGUGCUGGACCUCCUGAGGAGAUAUCUGAACGUGGAGCAUCAUUUCCAGCAAGCCCACUAUGACAAGUGUGUGAUCAACCUGAGGGAGCAGUUCAAGCCGGAUAUGACUCAGGUGCUGGACUGCAUCUUCUCACACUCACAAGUGGCCAAGAAGAACCAGCUGGUGACCAUGUUGAUAGAUGAGCUGUGUGGCCCAGACCCCGCCCUGUCAGAAGAGCUGACCUCCAUCCUCAAGGAACUCACGCAGUUGAGCAGGACUGAGCACUGCAAGGUGGCCCUCAGAGCCAGGCAGGUCCUGAUUGCCUCUCACCUCCCCUCCUACGAACUGCGGCACAACCAGGUGGAGUCCAUCUUCCUGUCAGCCAUUGACAUGUAUGGCCACCAGUUCUGCCCGGAAAACCUCAAGAAACUAAUACUUUCGGAAACGACCAUUUUCGACGUCCUGCCCACUUUCUUCUAUCACGCUAACAAGGUUGUCUGUAUGGCGUCCCUGGAGGUUUACGUGCGGAGAGGCUACAUUGCCUACGAGUUAAACAGCCUGCAGCACCGGGAGCUACCGGACGGCACCUGCGUGGUGGAGUUCCAGUUCAUGCUGCCGUCUUCCCACCCCAACCGGAUGGCCAUGCCCAUCAACGUCUCUGACCCUGACCUGCUGAGACACAGUAAGGAACUCUUCAUGGACAGCGGCUUCUCCCCACUGUGCCAGCGGAUGGGGGCCAUGGUGGCCUUCAGGAGAUUUGAGGAGUUCACCAGGAACUUCGAUGAAGUCAUCUCCUGCUUUGCCAACGUGCCUACAGACACUCCUCUCUUCAGUAAGGCGUGCACUUCCCUCUACUCAGAGGAGGACGGCAAGAGCCUUCGAGAGGAGCCCAUCCACAUCCUGAAUGUGGCCAUCCAGUGCGCCGACCACAUGGAGGACGAGAGGCUGGUGCCGGUUUUCCGUGCCUUUGUACAGUCCAAGAAACACAUCCUUGUGGAUUACGGACUGAGAAGAAUCACAUUCCUUAUCGCCCAAGAGAGAGAAUUUCCCAAGUUCUUCACGUUCAGAGCGAGAGAUGAGUUUGCAGAAGACCGGAUUUACCGCCACUUGGAGCCGGCCCUGGCCUUCCAGCUGGAGCUGAGCCGGAUGCGCAACUUUGACCUGACGGCCGUGCCCUGUGCCAACCAUAAAAUGCAUCUUUACCUGGGAGCCGCCAAGGUGAAGGAAGGGCUGGAGGUGACCGACCACAGGUUCUUCAUCCGAGCCAUCAUACGGCACUCAGACCUGAUCACCAAGGAAGCCUCCUUCGAGUACCUGCAGAAUGAAGGGGAGCGGCUGCUGCUGGAAGCCAUGGACGAGCUGGAGGUGGCGUUCAACAACACCAGCGUGCGCACCGACUGCAACCACAUCUUCCUCAACUUCGUGCCCACGGUCAUCAUGGACCCACUCAAGAUCGAGGAGUCGGUGCGUGCCAUGGUCAUGCGUUACGGCAGUCGGCUGUGGAAGCUCCGUGUGCUGCAGGCAGAAGUUAAGAUCAACAUCCGUCAGACGACCUCGGACUGUGCCGUCCCCAUUCGCCUCUUCAUCACCAAUGAGUCCGGCUACUACCUGGACAUCAGCCUCUACAAAGAAGUGACCGACUCCAGAUCCGGAAACAUCAUGUUUCAUUCCUUCGGCAACAAACAAGGGAGCCUGCACGGGAUGCUGAUCAACACGCCCUACGUCACCAAGGAUCUGCUCCAGGCCAAGCGAUUCCAGGCGCAGUCCCUGGGGACCACCUAUAUGUACGACUUCCCAGAGAUGUUCAGGCAGGCUCUCUUUAAACUGUGGGGCUCCCCAGAGAAGUACCCCAAAGAUAUCCUGACAUACACAGAGCUGGUGUUGGACUCCCAGGGCCAGCUGGUGGAGAUGAACCGGCUUCCUGGUUGUAACGAGGUGGGCAUGGUGGUUUUCAAAAUGAGGUUCAAGACCCCGGAGUAUCCAGAAGGCCGGGAUGCUAUCGUCAUUGGCAAUGACAUCACCUUCCAAAUCGGCUCUUUUGGCAUAGGAGAGGACUUCCUGUAUCUACGGGCGUCGGAGAUGGCCCGGACAGAGGGCAUCCCCCAAAUCUACCUGGCAGCCAACAGCGGGGCCCGUCUGGGCCUGUCCGAGGAGAUCAAGCAGAUAUUCCAAGUGGCGUGGGUGGACCCCGAGGAUCCCUACAAAGGAUUUAGAUACCUGUACCUGACGCCCCAAGACUACACCCAGAUCAGCUCCCAGAACUCCGUGCACUGCAAACACAUCGAGGACGAAGGCGAGUCCAGGUACGUCAUCGUGGAUAUCAUCGGGAAGGACAGUAGCCUGGGUGUGGAGAACCUGCGGGGCUCGGGCAUGAUUGCAGGAGAGGCUUCUCUGGCUUACGAAAAAAAUGUCACCAUCAGCAUGGUGACCUGCCGCGCCAUUGGAAUCGGGGCUUACCUGGUGAGACUGGGCCAGCGGGUGAUCCAGGUGGAAAACUCCCACAUCAUCCUCACGGGAGCCAGUGCUCUCAACAAGGUCCUGGGAAGAGAGGUCUACACGUCCAACAACCAACUGGGCGGUGUGCAGAUCAUGCACACCAACGGGAUCUCCCACGUCACGGUGCCAGAUGACUUCGAGGGGGUCUGCACCAUUCUGGAAUGGCUGUCAUAUAUACCAAAGGACAAUCAAAGCCCAGUCCCCAUCAUCACUCCUUCUGACCCCAUCGACAGGGAAAUUGAAUUCACCCCAACCAAAGCUCCCUACGACCCCAGGUGGCUGCUUGCAGGGAGGCCUCACCCAACUCUGAAGGGGACCUGGCAGAGUGGAUUCUUUGACCAUGGCAGUUUCAAGGAAAUCAUGGCACCCUGGGCCCAGACUGUGGUGACUGGACGAGCAAGGCUGGGGGGCAUCCCUGUAGGGGUGAUUGCCGUGGAGACUCGGUCUGUGGAGAUGGCAGUCCCUGCUGACCCUGCCAACUUGGAUUCUGAGGCCAAGAUCAUCCAGCAGGCAGGCCAGGUGUGGUUCCCGGACUCUGCCUUCAAGACGGCUCAGGUCAUCAGGGACUUCAACCAGGAGCAUCUGCCUCUCAUGAUCUUUGCAAACUGGAGAGGCUUCUCGGGCGGCAUGAAAGACAUGUACGAGCAGAUGCUGAAGUUUGGCGCCUACAUCGUGGACAGUCUCCGUCUGUUCAAGCAGCCGGUUCUCAUCUAUAUCCCUCCCGGUGCCGAACUCCGAGGGGGCGCCUGGGUUGUCCUCGACUCCAGCAUCAACCCCCUGUGCAUAGAGAUGUACGCAGACAAAGAGAGCAGGGGGGGUGUCCUGGAGCCCGAGGGCACUGUGGAGAUUAAGUUCCGGAAGAAAGAUUUGGUGAAGACCAUAAGGAGGAUUGACCCAGUGUGCAAGAAACUCCUGGGGCAGCUGGGGACAGCCCAGCUCCCUGACAAGGACCGGAAAGAGCUGGAGAGCCAGCUGAAGGCCCGGGAGGACCUGCUGCUCCCCAUCUACCACCAGGUGGCAGUGCAGUUCGCCGACCUGCAUGACACGCCGGGCCACAUGCUGGAGAAGGGAAUCAUUUCUGAUGUGCUGGAAUGGAAAACCACACGCACCUACUUGUACUGGAGGCUGCGCCGGCUGCUGCUGGAGGCACAGGUGAAGCAGGAGAUUCUGCGAGCCAGCCCCGAGCUGAGCCACGAGCACACGCAGUCCAUGCUGCGACGCUGGUUUGUGGAGACCGAGGGCGCCGUCAAGGCCUACCUGUGGGACAGCAACCAGGUUGUGGUCCAGUGGCUGGAACAGCACUGGUCAGCCAGGGACAACCUGCGUUCCACUAUCCGAGAGAACAUCAAUUAUCUGAAGCGGGACUCUGUCCUCAAAACCAUCCAAAGCCUAGUUCAAGAACACCCAGAGGUGACCAUGGACUGUGUGGCAUACCUGAGCCAGCACCUCACGCCCGCUGAGCGGAUGCAGGUGGUUCAGCUGCUGUCUACCACGGAGAGCCCAGCCUCCCACUGAGCAACCCUGGCCAUCCCCAGGACCCUGGACGGUGGGAAUGGCUGCGCGGCAGGCCUUCACAGUACGCCAGGACUAAUUUUGGGAAAAUUGGAGCUACACAGUGUAGCUCUGGUUCCUGACCAGCGUCUUCCUAGAGAAAAGGCUCCCAUGUUCCUACUAGGUGGGCACAGCCUCUCCUCACCUGGGGACUUCAGGGUUUGUCCCAGUGAAUAACUGGCUGCCUCUCUGAGGCAAACUGAACGGGGCAUCCCACGUUCUGUGUUUUUUUUUUCCCCCCUUUGGCUUGGGAUGGGGAUCGUGUCUCGGUGCUCCCUGUCUGAUCAGAAGACACAUGUGGUUCGCACUCAGCCCCUGUUUAAGCCAAAGAAAACGCCAGAUGAGACCCGAGAAAACGUCUUUUUGUAAUGAGGCUUAUUAGACUUCUAGGCAUCCAAGCAGGGGCAAAAAUGAUUCCCUUUUUUUCUUUUCUCAAGAGAAUAAAAUGACAUUUUGUUCUUCAAGUGGCCCCAGUGAGGCAGGACAGCCAUCUUAUGAACAGGCUGUCCCACUAGAGAGUCUCCAGAGAUACAGGGGGAAUGGAUAGGAGGCUUGGAUCCGCCAUGGCUGGCAGAGACCAACUGCCUCGGACUCCGGGGCUCUGUAAGCCCUUUCUUCCCAAGUGAAACAAGCACUGGACUUCACUCCAUGCCUCCUGCAGACUGGCCACCCACAUGGUACCAUGAGUGCCCUACUGCCUGAGCUCGGAGGCUGCCCCGCCCCCGCCCCUCCCAGAACCACUUCCUCACUUUGUGCCUUGAUACCACGGCUCCUCUGGGCCAGUGACCCAGGACUGUGCUGUGAACACCCAGGAUCUGCUCACAGACUUCCCCAGCACUCGCAGGUUCCGCAGCAUGAGGGCCUUGAAUGAGACAUUGUUCUGUGCCAUGACCGGGGCUGGGGAAUCCAUCUGCGCUCCUCCUUCUGGGCAGUGCGUCUGAAGACACCAAGCGUCACUUCAGGCUGAGGUCCCAGACACUCAGGGAAUCAUCUGCAAACCAGGCUGAAACGGAAAUGUCCCGCCAUCAGCCAAGGGCAGCCCUGGUGGCUGAGGGGGCCUGGGGCGAGUGGAGAAACGUUGCUGUUCUGGGGGAUGAAGGGUUCUGGGCAAGGUCCUUUUGCUGUGGAGGACAGCCUAGACUGUCGCUCGGGGCUGCCCUGACCACUUGGGUGCGCCGAAGAGGCUACCGGGAGAUCUGCAAAAUAAACUAUUUUUUUGAAGGAC